CGAAUUGAGAAUACAUAUUUUGUUUUUAUUUCAUGAGGAAAAAAGAAAAAUAAUAAAAAAUAAUGUGUGUAAUAGUUAACCGGUGAAAAUUCAACAGUAAUACUCUAGUUGUAGCAGAGUCAGUUAAAAAAAAGGUUUUUAAAGUAAAAAAUUAAACAAACUUUUUUUGCACACCUCGAUCUGUUUACCGGCUCCCUUUGAGCAUCAAAUUGUUAAUUCAUGGUGGCUACGCUAAGAUCACGGGCUCGAACAAUACCAGUGCUGGGUAAGCGCUAAUUAUUAUCGUACAGACAAAAUCGACGCUAAUUUCUUGCUAAUUAAACGGAAGAAUCGAAUUUUCGAACGUCUAAUUUGUUCGAAUUUAUCUUAAAUUAUAUUUUCGUCAACACAUGGGACUAUAAUAGAUACGAGUAAUUUUUUAGGUUAUGUAUAUGUAAAUAAAUAAAUAACUAUGAAAGCUUCUCUUGUUGUGUUGCUGUUUUUACAUAUAUCAUGUAUAUACGUCACUUCCUCGGAUGUAAAUUACGAUGACGGACUAGAAUAUUUAAUCCACGAACCCCAGGGGUAUUUUAGCAAGAUUGACAAUGAAAACUUACUGGAGAAUUCGAAAUGGAAUUCGAAAGACUAUGCUAUAGAUAAGAAAAGUUAUGUACCUGAAAUGGAGGAAGAAGAGGUAUAUAAUAAUGAAGAAGAUGGAAAUAUAACUGUGGAUAAUCCGGAAGAGGAAGAAGAAGGAGAAGAAGAAGAAGAUGGAGGCGAAGAAGAAAAUAACGAAAAUAAUGAGAAACGCGAAAAUGUUGCUGAAGCUUAUGACAAUGAUGAAAACAGCGACACCGAUAGUGACGUAACAGAGGAUGAUAGCGAUCCCAAUGACGCUAUUGAAAGUGAUGAAUCGGGUUCAGGGUCAGGGUCAGGUAAUGACGAAGAUUUAAGUUUUAAAAGAGAUGACCUUGCUAUGAAUCUCGAUGAUGUUGAAGAAGAAACCGAGUCAGGAAGUGGAGAUUCCGACACAAGUGAUUUAUACGAUAACAAUGACGAGCAGUCGUCUGAUUCUGAUGAAUCUGGUGCAUCCGAAACUUCCGAUGCUGAAUCGGGUUCAACAGACGAUAACGCUGAGUUUUCAACGUUCAACGAACAAAAAAAUACACCGAAAACAAAAUACAGUGCAGAAAUCAUCAAAAAAAAUGAAAUUCCUGUGCCACCAGUAAAAAGAAGUCAUAUAUCGGGAAAAAGACAAUAUAUAUCUCGUCCACGAUUUGUUGUUCGUAAUGGAUAUGUUUACAUGAAGGCACCACCAAUGACGCAAAAGACCAUCGUCACAACACAUAUCCCCCGUCCACCAAUGGUAAUGCCAUACAACACAUUCCUUCAUCGUUAUCGAGGAGGGGGCGGGUACGGAAUGGGACGUCGAAUGCCACAUUACAUGCUUCCACAACAACAACUUAUUGACGCGAGUGAUGACGGCUUUGAUGGCGACGAUCGUAGCGACGACGAAAGAAAGGAAGACAAGUGUCAUCCAAAUCCAUGCCACAACGGAGGUGUGUGCACUGAAGCUAAUGGACAGUAUGUCUGCACAUGCGCAGAAGGAUUUAAAGGAAUAAAUUGUCAAGAAUUGAACAGAUGUCAACCGAAUCCGUGUCACAAUGCAGGUACAUGCAACGAAAUCAGCAAUGAUUACGAAUGCAUGUGUCCAGCAGAAUACAUGGGGCGUGAUUGCACAGAGCUUAAUCAUUGUCAUAUGACACCAUGUUUAAACGGAGGAACAUGCUCUUCUUCGUUGGGUAUUAACUUAUCAGGUCUUGUGUCUUGUAUGUGUUUACCUGGAUUCAGUGGCUCGCGCUGUGAGAUUAAAGACAAAUGUCACGUGAACCCUUGUAAAAAUGGUGGAUCUUGUCACGAUGGUUUAUGUUCAUGUCUGGGUGGUUACACCGGUGAAUACUGCGAAACUGCACCAUCUCCUUGCUCAGUUUCACCGUGUUUAAAUGGCGGCACAUGUUUAACAAAAGGUUUAACUCAAUACAAGUGCAUAUGCAGACACGGAUUCCGUGGCAGUAACUGCGAGGAGGAAAGCCGAUGUGAACCGAACCCUUGCUUGAACGCAGGAGUUUGUCUUGACCAGGAUGACAAUUAUAAAUGUGAAUGCACUCAUGGUUUUAAAGGAACACACUGCGAAGAUGAAGUGUCGCCUUGUGAUACUAAUCCAUGCUUGAACGAAGCCACUUGUAUUGUUGAGUAUAACAAGUACAAAUGCUUAUGCAAAUCAGGAUACAAAGGUUUAAAUUGUGAAGAUCUCGACAAAUGCCAUCGUCAUCCAUGUAAAAAUGGCGGCAGUUGUACGGCAGAUGGUGACGACGUACGUUGCGAAUGUGCUUCCGGAUUUAAGGGUAUACUAUGCGAGGAACAAGAUCACUGCUUUCCAAAUCCAUGCUUAAACUCUGGUGUUUGUUAUGAAAACGCAGAGUCAUAUACGUGCCAGUGCGGAAGUGGCUUUAGAGGAUCGCACUGUACAGAACGAGAUCCUUGCCAUCCAAGUCCAUGUCACCACGAUGCCGUUUGUAUUCCCGAGGGAGAAGAUUUCCGAUGCCAGUGUAGUUUAGGAUGGGCUGGAGUCACAUGUGAAGAGGAAGACAGAUGCCAUCCGAACCCGUGCUUGCAUGGCGGUGUCUGUGUAUCUCAUGGAAGCACUCAGUAUGAGUGUCAUUGUCCGUCCGGAUUUAGCGGAAUAAACUGCGAAGUAGAUGCUUUACCAGUUGAACACCACGUGUUUGAUGAACAUACUGAAACAGCACCAAGCUGUCGCAACACUCGAUACGGUUGUUGCCCCGAUGGCGAAAACGCCGCAAAUGGUCCAAGUGCGGCUGGUUGUCCAGCAUUUCACUACGAACCAUCAGGAUAGAUAAAUGCACAGUAAUAUAUAUGCACAUACACUGAAUAUCAUCGUGAAUUAUCUGAUUGGCCAGAAAGACAUAAUACACAUAAUUGGCGCUGAAGCAUAACUGAAAUAUAUGUAGCAAGAACAUUCUCCGCAAAACAUUCAACAUGAAGAAAGAUAGCAGUGGACUAAGUACGAAAGUGGCCGUUAUUAAUACCCGCUCCUGAAGCGAACCUUUCUAUUAUCUCCUGAAUAAUAAAGAUUCCUGACGAUAUUUAUACAAGCAAAA